CCCUCGCACUCGCAUCCACCUAACACCACUCACGCGGGCCACCACGUCCGCCAUGGCGACGACAGCCAGCGACCGCCCCACCGUGCCGCCGGCGGCGCCACACGUCCUGGUGGUCCCGUACCCGGCGCAGGGCCACAUGAUCCCGCUCCUCGACCUGGCUGGCCUCCUCGCGUCCCGCGGCGGCAUCCGCCUCACCGUCGUCGCCACGCCCGCCACCGCCCCGCUCCUCGCGCCGCUCCUUGCCGCGCACCGCGACGGCGCCGUCCGCGAGCUCGUCCUCCCGUUCCCCUCCCACCCGGCCUUCCCCGCGGGCGUCGAGACCGCCAGGGGCUUGUCGCCCGCGCUCUUCGGCGCGCUCAUCGUCGCCUUCGCCGGCCUCCGCGGGCCGCUCGGCGACUGGGCCGGUGCCCGGUCGGACGGCCCGGACCGCGUGGUCGCCGUGCUCUCCGACUUCUUCUGCGGGUGGACGCAGCCGCUCGUGGCCGAGCUCGGCGUCCCGCGGAUCGUGUUCUCGCCGUCAGCGGUCUACGGCACCGCCGUGCUGCACUCGUUGUUCCGCCGGAUGCCGCGGCGCGAGGACGACGACGACGACGAGAGUCCGAUUCCCUUCCCGGAGAUCCCCGGCGCCCCGGCGUAUCCGUGGCGGCAGCUAUCGCUGCUGUACCGGACGCUCAAGGAUGGCGACGAGGUCUCGGAGGGUAUCAAGCGCAACUUCCUCUGGAAUCUCGAGAGCUCGGCGUUCGUGUCCAACACGUUCCGGCGGCUCGAGGAGCGCUAUCUGCGCGCGCCGGUCGCGGACCUGGGCUUCAGGCGCGUGCUCGCGGUCGGGCCGUUGGCGCCGGACGCUGAUGCCGCGGGCAACCGAGGUGGGGAGACAGCCGUGGCCGCGGCCGACCUGUGCGCCUGGCUCGACAAGUUCGCCGACGACGGCUCCGUCCUGUACAUCAGCUUCGGGAGCAUGGCGAUACUGCACCCGCCGCACGCGGCGGCGCUUGCCACCGCGCUGGAGCACACCGGGGUGCCGUUCGUGUGGGCGGCCGGGCCGACGGUGAUUUUUCCUCAAGGGUUCGAGGACCGCGUCGCGGCAGCGGGCGGGAGGGGCCGGUUGAUCCGCGGGUGGGCGCCGCAGGUGGCGGCGCUGCGGCACCGCGCCGUGGGGUGGUUCGUGACCCACUGCGGGUGGAACUCGGUGCUGGAGGCCUGCGCGGCCGGGGUGGCGAUGCUCGCGUGGCCGAUGACGGCGGACCAGUUCGUGAACGCGCGGCUGCUCGUGGACGAGGCGGGCGCCGCCGUGCCCGUGAGCUGGGGCGGGCUCAGUGCCGCGCCGGCCGCGGACGAGGUCGCGCGGGUGCUGGGCGCCGCAGUCGGCGGGAAGUUGGGCGGCGUGACGGCGCGGGUGAAGGAGCUCGCGGAGGAGGCUGCGGCGGGGGUGAGCGAAGGCGGCGCGUCGUGGUCGGAGCUGGAGGUGCUGGUGCGCGAGCUGCGCCGGCUCGGGUGCGAGCCAAUGGAGUAGGUGCCGAGGUGCCGUGGGGCCUUGUUGGAAAGUCAAAGUAGAUUCCAUCAACCAUGUAAUCAGUAGAUGAUGACGAGAGUUGGCACUUCUCAAAGUCUAU